AUGAAGCGAAGCCAAGGCCCCCAUAUCCGACCAAUGGCUUUCGGGUCGGCUGAGACGCAGAUUGAAGAGAUUCUGGGCGCGGAACUGUUUAGAUGCGCCAUCGGGAACGAGCUCAAGCCGCGUCGCUGCUUCUCCAACACGCAAUGGCAGCUGUUCGAGCGAAAGGUCCGACGCGGGACCGGCAACCGGAUCCAUAACGUUAGGAUGACUUGUCGAAGCCAUUCUACAGAGCCCCGUCUGGAGCGGUUGUGCGAGGGUCCUUGCCACAGAAUCCUGCCGCUCACCAAGUUCAGUAAGAACACCCGUGUCAUGGGAAUCAACGAGGAUGAUCAGACUCAGGUCAACUUCGCGGUCGCCGGCUCAGGCUAUAGCACAACUGAGGUUGAAAGCUCCGGCAAUGCCGAGACAAACUCUGUGCCGAGUCACUCAUCCCUCCACAUUGCACACUAUGGCCCUCAGGUUGCCGAGGAGAGCAGUUUUCAAGGCCCAGAUCAUGUUGCUUUCGACUCCUUCAUCCCAAGGCCUCUGCCUUCCCAGGGCUGGUCUGAAGCCCGGCUUCCUCUCUCCAGUCAGAGCAGUUUAAACUUUGCGAGCUCCGAUCACCAAGGCUAUUCGAUGAAUCCCGCCGAGGAUUCUACCACCAACAAUGACGCCGCAAGUUCCUUCCAGCUGGGACUACCUCAUGCGAGGUCUUCGAUCUCGAGCGGCUUUGACACGGCUCCAGGGUCCCUCAACGUGGAAGACGCCGCUUUUGAGUUGGACAGCCAGCAUCACGGGCAGUGGCCCCCUCUGGCCGACGAGUAUGACUUCAUGCUUCCUCCUCCAGAAUACGCAAGUGAUUCGGAUUGGGAAUUCCCUUGA